CCCGGCCCGGCCCGGCCCCUGCACCGCGGGCGCAGCGGGGCCGGCCAGCCCGGGAGACGCCGCCACCGCCGCCUCCUCCUCUCCUCCUCCCCUUCCCGCCCCGGCCGCGUCCGUCAACAUGGCGAGCGCCUCGUACCACAUCUCCAACCUGCUGGAGAAAAUGACAUCCAGCGACAAGGACUUCAGGUUUAUGGCUACUAAUGACUUGAUGACGGAACUACAGAAAGAUUCUAUCAAGCUGGAUGAUGACAGUGAAAGAAAGGUGGUGAAGAUGAUUUUGAAAUUACUGGAAGAUAAGAAUGGUGAGGUGCAAAACUUGGCUGUCAAAUGCCUUGGACCUUUGGUGAGUAAAGUGAAGGAGUAUCAAGUGGAGACCAUUGUAGAUACUCUCUGUACAAACAUGCUCUCAGACAAAGAACAGUUACGUGACAUUUCAAGCAUCGGUCUUAAAACUGUGAUUGGAGAACUCCCCCCAGCUUCCAGUGGUUCUGCAUUAGCAGCUAAUGUUUGCAAAAAGAUCACAGGGCGUCUCACGAGUGCUAUAGCCAAGCAGGAAGAUGUGUCUGUUCAACUGGAGGCACUGGAUAUCAUGGCUGAUAUGCUGAGCAGGCAAGGAGGACUGCUUGUUAACUUCCAUCCUUCAAUUCUGACCUGUCUGCUCCCCCAGCUGACCAGCCCAAGACUUGCUGUGAGGAAAAGAACCAUCAUUGCUCUUGGUCACCUGGUUAUGAGUUGUGGCAAUAUGGUUUUUGUUGACCUCAUUGAACAUCUGUUGACAGAGCUGUCUAAAAAUGAUUCCAUGUCAACAACUAGGACCUAUAUACAGUGUAUUGCUGCUAUCAGUAGGCAAGCAGGUCAUAGAAUAGGUGAAUAUCUUGAGAAAAUAAUUCCUUUGGUUGUAAAGUUUUGUAAUGUAGAUGAUGAUGAACUGCGAGAGUAUUGCAUUCAAGCCUUUGAAUCUUUUGUUAGGAGGUGUCCUAAAGAAGUUUAUCCCCAUGUAUCUACUAUUAUAAACAUUUGUCUUAAAUAUCUUACGUAUGAUCCUAAUUACAAUUAUGAUGAUGAGGAUGAAGAUGAAAAUGCUAUGGAUGCAGAUGGUGGUGAUGAUGAUGAUCAAGGGAGCGAUGAUGAAUAUAGUGAUGAUGAUGACAUGAGCUGGAAAGUGAGGCGUGCAGCUGCUAAAUGUCUGGAUGCUGUGGUUAGCACACGACAUGAAAUGCUUCCAGAAUUCUACAAAACUGUAUCUCCUGCUUUAAUAGCCAGAUUCAAAGAACGUGAAGAGAAUGUCAAAGCAGAUGUUUUUCAUGCAUAUCUUUCUCUUUUAAAACAAACUCGACCUGUGCAAAGUUGGCUUUGUGAUCCUGAUGCAAUGGAACAAGGAGAGACACCUUUGACAAUGCUUCAGAGUCAGGUCCCCAACAUAGUUAAAGCCUUGCACAAACAGAUGAAGGAGAAAAGUGUGAAGACUCGUCAGUGUUGCUUUAACAUGCUGACUGAACUAGUAAAUGUGUUACCUGGAGCCCUAACACAGCAUGUUCCUGUACUUGUACCAGGAAUAAUUUUUUCACUGAAUGACAAAUCAAGUUCUUCUAAUCUGAAGAUAGAUGCUUUGUCCUGUUUGUAUGUGAUCCUCUGCAAUCAUUCUCCCCAAGUCUUUCAUCCUCAUGUUCAAGCACUGGUACCUCCGGUUGUAGCUUGUGUUGGAGACCCAUUUUACAAGAUAACAUCAGAGGCACUUUUGGUUACCCAACAACUUGUGAAGGUUAUUCGUCCAUUAGAUCAGCCUACUUCCUUUGAUGCUACUCCUUACAUCAAAGAUUUGUUUACUUGUACAAUCAAGAGAUUAAAGGCUGCUGACAUUGAUCAGGAGGUCAAAGAAAGGGCAAUAUCUUGCAUGGGUCAAAUAAUUUGUAGCCUUGGUGACAGCCUAGGCACAGACCUGCCUAGUACACUUCAGAUCUUUCUAGAGAGACUGAAGAAUGAGAUCACUCGGUUAACUACAGUGAAGGCCAUGACAUUAAUUGCUGGUUCUCCUUUGAAGAUAGAUUUGAGGCCAAUCCUUGGGGAAGGAGUUCCUAUUCUUGCUUCUUUUUUGAGAAAGAACCAGCGAGCUUUGAAACUGGGCACUCUUUCUGCUCUAGAUAUUUUAAUUAAGAAUUACAGUGACAGCUUGACAGCUGCCAUGAUUGACGCUGUCCUGGACGAGCUUCCACCUCUGAUUAGUGAAAGUGAUAUGCACGUAUCACAGAUGGCCAUCAGUUUUCUAACAACACUGGCUAAAGUAUAUCCUUCCUCCCUGUCAAAGAUCAGUGGCUCCAUUCUCAAUGAACUUAUUGGGCUGGUAAGAUCACCUCUACUUCAGGGUGGAGCACUUAGUGCCAUGCUAGAAUUUUUCCAAGCUUUGGUUGUGACUGGUACAAAUAAUUUAGGCUAUAUGGAUUUACUGCGCAUGUUAACGGGUCCAGUGUACUCACAGAGCACAGCACUUACUCACAAGCAGUCUUACUAUUCCAUUGCCAAAUGUGUUGCUGCCCUUACUCGAGCCUGCCCUAAGGAAGGACCAGCUGUUGUAGGUCAGUUCAUUCAAGAUGUUAAGAACUCAAGGUCCACAGAUUCCAUUCGUCUUUUGGCUUUGCUUUCUCUUGGGGAAGUUGGGCAUCACAUUGACUUAAGUGGACAAAUUGAGCUGAAGUCUGUAAUACUAGAAGCAUUCUCUUCUCCCAGUGAAGAAGUAAAAUCGGCAGCAUCUUACGCCUUAGGCAGCAUUAGUGUUGGCAAUCUUCCUGAGUAUCUGCCGUUUGUCCUACAAGAAAUAACUAGUCAGCCUAAGAGGCAAUACCUUCUUCUUCAUUCCUUGAAAGAAAUAAUUAGCUCUGCGUCAGUGAUUGGUCUCAAACCAUAUGUUGAGAACAUCUGGGCCUUACUCCUGAAACACUGUGAAUGUGCAGAAGAGGGCACAAGGAAUGUUGUUGCUGAAUGCUUGGGCAAGCUUACAUUAAUAGACCCAGAGACUCUGCUUCCACGACUCAAGGGAUACUUGGCAUCAGGGUCCUCAUACGCUCGAAGUUCAGUGGUUACUGCUGUUAAAUUCACUAUUUCUGAUCAUCCACAACCCAUAGACCCACUCUUGAAGAACUGCAUAGGUGAUUUUCUGAAAACGUUGGAGGACCCAGAUCUCAAUGUCAGGAGAGUAGCCCUGGUGACGUUUAACUCAGCUGCCCACAAUAAACCAUCUUUGAUAAGGGACCUCUUAGAUACUGUGCUUCCUCAUCUUUACAAUGAAACAAAAGUCAGAAAGGAAUUAAUCAGAGAGGUGGAAAUGGGACCAUUUAAACAUACAGUUGAUGAUGGCUUGGACAUAAGGAAAGCGGCUUUUGAGUGCAUGUAUACUCUAUUGGAUAGCUGUUUGGAUAGACUAGAUAUAUUUGAAUUCUUAAACCAUGUUGAAGAUGGCCUGAAGGAUCACUAUGAUAUUAAGAUGCUGACCUUUUUAAUGCUGGUGAGACUGUCUACCCUUUGUCCAAGUGCGGUGCUGCAGAGAUUGGAUAGGCUUGUUGAACCUUUGCGUGCCACGUGUACAACUAAGGUAAAGGCAAACUCGGUGAAACAGGAGUUUGAAAAGCAAGAUGAACUAAAACGAUCUGCUAUGAGGGCUGUAGCAGCGCUUUUAACCAUUCCAGAAGCAGAGAAGAGUCCAUUAAUGAGUGAAUUUCAGUCACAGAUAAGCUCUAACCCUGAGCUGGCAGCCAUCUUUGAAAGUAUCCAAAAAGAUUCAUCAUCCACUAACUUGGAAUCAAUGGACACUAGUUAGAUGUUUGUCCAAAAUGGGGACCAUUAUGUUGAACCAUAUAAUGCACUGAAUUGACAGGUUAUAAGUAAGAAACAGAAAAAGCAUCUAAUUACACAUUGUUCCACUUUAUUUACCUUUAUGGAGACAGUUGGCUUUUCCCAUAAUUGCUUUUCUAGCAUUUCCAGAAAUGUAUUUCCAUAAUCCAGAAUUUGUUAACCACUCUUUGUUUUAGUGGAUUUGGCCACAUUUGGGAAUUAAAAAGUUGAUGCAUGGUGUAUGGAAAUAGGUUCCAACAUCCAUUUGCCCUGUAAUGUUUAGGAUUAAAAUGUCAAAAUUUUGUGACCAUGAUUUUUUUUUUCUUUUGUUCACUCUUUCUACUUGUAAACAAAAAAGGGGGGGAGGUGGGAAUCAAAUGUCCAGGUGCACCAUGUUUUUUGUAUAACUUUUUAUUCUUUUUUGUUUCAGCUUCAUAAAUUGGUUUGGCUGGCAGAUGAAUUAUGUGUAAGAUUUAUUAUAUUAAAAAGGUGGUUUGGGCACAGUUCAAAAAAAGCAGACACAAAUGUCAUUUUUACAGAUGUGGGGAUUAGAAAACCAAUAUCCCUGUUGUGCACACUAAUUUUGCAUGAGCAAGUUUACAAAUAUAUAUUGUCUGUAAAACAGCAUGUGCAGUUUAUUCGUAAUGCAAGUUAAAAUAAGUUCUACUGUAUCAGUGCAGUUUUCAGGUAUUUUGACGUACAGGCCACUCAAGCAGGAAGGGAUGAAUUAAGGUUUGUUCUCUUAAUCUGGCUUUUUUAAAUGCCAGUAAUAUGACCCUGCAGAUAUUCUUACAGUAAACAUGACAAUUUCUGCAGUUCUCAUGGGUUUUCAUUCCCAAAGACUGGAUCCACUCGAAUUGAGGUGAACAAACCAUAAGAUUGGAGGGAAAUAGGAUGAGGUGGAGGUAAAAUGAGCAGAGAAAACAAUAGCUGCUCAGUGGCUCCUGAACUCUGGAUUCAACUGUGCUUUUGUUAUAAAAGUAUGAAGGAAGUUUCUGUAGUGGAUUCUAUCUCCUAUUCUUCAUCCAACAGAUUUUGUUAAGGCACUAAUAUAUGGUACUACCUAGACAAGUAUUGCCAGACCAUCAUUUUGUUCCUGUUGGAAUGUUUUCUGGCACAUGGGACCACUAGUAGGUUGCAAUGCUGGAAGUGUCAUAUAAUAUUCUGGUGAGGGAGGAAACAGGGAAUGGUCAAAAGACUGGAGAGAGAUAAAAAGCCAACAGAAGAAAAAGUUCUUCUGUGAACAUGCUGAGGUAAUUUAGAAGCAGACCAGAAGUGGAUAGCUGGCAGUCCUGCGAGGAACUAGAAUUGGGAAUUCAAUAACAAAAAAAGAGGGGAGCCACUGCCUCAAAUUGAUACUUACCAUUACUUGUUAGAUGCAACUGCUUAGUUGUCUUCCCCCCCUCCCCCACAUCAGAUCUGAAUUUGAUUUUUCUUUAGUUAACUGGUAUUUUUUAGCUAGUUUGAUAUUUUGGAAACGUGGGUACGUGGCAUAAGCUGCUACAUGACUAAACAAGCAUACGUUCUUACGACCUCAGAGACAGUUUCCUGUGAGCAUUGGGGCUUGGGGGCAAAAUCUUCACCUUACGUGCUUGCAGCUUGGGAAAAGCAGAGGAGAUAUUGGUACAUUUUACCUUAACAGAAGGACCUGAACAAAGAAGUCUUUGAACUCAUUGAAUAGUAACAAUUCUAAUGCUGUAGAAAUUUUUGAAAAUGUAGCUUUCUCUGUCUCCAAAGUCUUCAUACUAAUGUAACAAUUGUCUUCUAGAAGUAGUAAUAAAUGAGAUUAAACAUACCAACAUAUCUAAAUGUCAUGAAAAGGAGUGGGACGACUAGAGAGAAACCAUAUGGUAGAAAAAGCACUGUGAAUUAGGUGCAUUUUAUCUUACUGUAUAACUCAUCUACUUCAACUGCGGCAAUAUACAGGCCUUCUAAUUAAGAAUCUGUUGUGCUAAUUAGUUGUCAACUAAUCUUAGAAUUUUUUGUGUUAAGUUUUCAGAGUACAUUAAAAUGUUUUAUAGACCUAAAUCUAGGUGUGAGAAUGAUAUGAUAAACAUGAAAUACGAGGCUAAAAUAGGAAAAUGGAGUAAGUGACAAUGGUAAGCAAACAGAAUAUUUGUAGCUGAGAGAUUUUGUGUGUGCAUUACUACCAUAACAUAACACAACACCUAAUGUGGUGGAUGCAAAUCAUCUUCACUUUGUUUUACAGUACAUUGCAGUGGAGCAGCUUAAGGACAGAAGAAAAGGUUGAGUUGUAUUACUAUAUUAUUUGCUUUCUUGCAAAAGACUAAUUUUCACUUCGACCACUGAUGAAGAAGUUGGGAACAGAAGGAUUAAGUCUUGCCUGUAAAUUGCAACAGUGUGAUUUUCUCCAAGUAGGAGUUGUUUAUUUUGGUGAUUCAGGAAGACAGACUCAUAAAAAGGUUGUUAACUGCACCAUAAUUACUGAAUUUUUUUAUUAGCGUAACACAAUCUAUCCAUGUUAGGUGUUGAAAUUCUGCUGACUUUCACUGGAUCACUUGAUCGAAAGGUUUUUUUUUGUUUUCCCCACUGUAUGCCUGAGUAUUUGUAUAAAUCUGGUGUAUUUAUGCUUUUAGAGCAAUUAGGUUCAGGUAAUUCUGUUGAGGAUGAUGUCAGCUGUUCUUUAAAUGCUAAAUAUUCAAAACUAAAACACUACAUUUCGCUAUCUAAAACAAAACCAGAAUUCUGAAAGGCUGCUCUUAAGAUGAUUAGAACUUUUGGUAUGAUUACAACUUUCUCUAGUAUUUUUCAUCACUUUGUACAUAGACAAUUAAGACCAACUAAUAAGCUUGCACAUAAUAUAAAAAUGGUUGGCCAGUCCUUGCAUUGCAGAUUCUAGUCUUUAAAUAUUUUUGUAUCUCAAAAGUACUUUAUCCUCUGUUUUUCCAUGAAAAAAAUUGCCAUCCUUACAAGGGAGUUUUAUUUUCUAAAAUUAUAAAUUGAAAACUACUAGUACUUCAAGAACACUACAUUUCAAACAUGUAAAUUUAUUUUUAUAUGAGUUUCCUUCAAAUAAUACAUCUAAUAUAGCAGUUGACAAAAUUAAAAGAGGCGAACUGCUUCCAGUUGUAUUUUUAUGAGAGGAACAAAGCAGUACGUACGCUCCUAAAGCAGCAUUGCUUCCCUCAGAUAAAGGAUUAUUUUCACAUUUCCUCAACUCAAAUUAAAAAUGUGAAUUCAAAUUCCAUAUCUACUCCUAUUGUAUUUACCUUAACAGAUAUUCUCAGUAAUGAUGGUAGGAAAAAGUUCAGCCUGAUCUGGUGGACUUCUUAGUAGUAAGGGUUUAGCAACUGUUCUCAUCUUUACUGGUACUUCCCCUUCCUUGCCUCUGCUUUAGAUGACUUUAAAAGCAAAGUAAUAUGUGACCUUGGAAGUGUGUGUGUGUGUGUGUGUGUGUGUGUGUUGUUUUUGGUUUGUGAAUCCUCAUUGUUCUGACUGAAAUGACACCUGUUUCUGCCAAAUACCAAACAGUUAAGCCUGCAGCCUCUGGGUUUUAUUUCCCUACUGCUCUAAACAUCAGAUAAAAUGUACUUUUGUUGGGCUUGCUGUUCUUAAAAUUCAUUUCGGAGAAAUGAAAAAUACUAGUCAGUUUAUUACUUUAUUUUUUUUCCCCCUUGUUUACUUCUUGUUGUAAGGUGGGAAGAUUUGCUUGCUGUGCUAUUGAACAUGAGGAGGCUGAGAUUCUGGCAGCAAGUUUUGCUCCCUGCCCUAGAAGAGCUCUUUGGUAUAGUUAUAACUCUUGCACUAAAACUGACCUUUUUUCAUCAGUAUCCAUUUAUAAUUUUUCAUUGUAUCUGAUUUUGGGGAAGAAGAAAGAAAUUGGAAUUCUUGAGAAUAAUGAAGUAAAUUAAUCUUCCAUGGCCUGUGUUAGUGAAGCAGGGAAACUUUCUGCAAAUGGGGCUUCUGUGAGGAUCAGACAAUUUUGUCUUGGUAGGGAGUAAGACUUCUUUAGAUUUGUUUCCACCCCAUGAGGCUUUAAUAUUUCCACAUAACCUUUGAUGAGGAGAAAACUUCCUUCAGAAAGGUCAUCAAUCCCCCAAAACAAACAAGGGGUUUCAGGUGAUGUUCAUCUGUGUUAUGGUUUAGAACAUAACCCUGAACCACAGAAGAAAUAACAGCUUGAAGACAGAUGUUACCUAAAAUGUAGUGCUGAGAAAGAGAAAAUGGAAUCUUACAGUGAGAAUAUUUUAAUUUAAAAUAAUUCUCUUUACAUUCUACCUUUGUUCAUAUUUUUGAAGAAUGGGAAAUACGGAAGGAAAAGAAAAAGUAAUUGGCAAGUGGUGACCUGUGAUCCCAGAACUUAAGGGGUAAUUUAUAUUCCCUCCUACCUCUUAAAAAAAAAAAAAGAAAAAGAGUAUUUUGAUAAAAUUACAUAGUAAUUCUGAAAAUACUUUUAUUCUGAAGGAGUUAAAAUUGGUUUUUAUUAUGUUUUCACUAUUUUUUUUUUAUUAUGAAAAAAUUACUUCUGUUCUUAUGUGGAUUUCUCUCGCCUGACAGUUAUGAGUCAGUUUAAUACAGCUGCUAAAGCCUUUAGGAAAUAAGCUGUGUCACUUGGUUCAGUGCAGUAAAGAUGUUCCUGCAGUAGAAGAAGUUUGGAAUUCACUCUUUCCCACCGUUCUUUUAAUAGAUUAAAAAUACCUGGUCCUAUAUGACUGUAGUUUCCAUUCAACCUCCAGCCUUUUUUCUGUUCAACUGGACAAGUAUUGGACUCCUGAUCAUCUGAUUACUGUUACUUCAGAUGCCACCCUUUCUGGGGAUUCUUGAUGUUGUAAUCUCAAGUCUCCCAGAAGACUUUUUUCAUCAGUCCUUACUAAGGUUAUUUGCUAGAAGGUUCAAUUUUGUCUCCUGAUGUUUCCAUUGUGCAAGACAGUUCUUUCAUUAAUUCCACGUAGUAUUCAUUUUACAGAGGCAUUUCAUGCAAAGAUGCCAUGCUUAUAUGCAUCUGAAUGCUAUUUUUGAGGAAGUUCAUAGUUCAAGCACUCCUCUCUGCAGUGAAAAUACCUCACAUACCUAAGGAGAAAAUAAAACCAUGUGUCACAUGCACAGAAUUCCAUGGAAUGUGGCUUCAUGUAAAUUUUUCUCUUGCCCUUCAAUUUCUUAAUGCUCACAACUGCAUCAUGUGAUCUAAAGCUCUAGAGCAACUUUCCAGUAAGAAGGUGUUUUGAGUAGUAACAGUUGAGUUCUGCCUACUGAUGGAAUGUAUGGGAAGAGCUACUUUGAUUCUUUUCCCUCCACAGCUACUGAUCUUCAUGCAGUGGCUUUCAGCCAUGUACAUUCAGUCAUUCUAUGUAGAGCUUUAUAAGAGAAUUGAAGAGAAGUUUUUUAUCCAUGGAGAAAAUGCAUUUUCAAUGGUUCAAGUACACAUAUUCAGGUUGAAGCAGUUGGAUAUCCUCAAGGGCUAUGGAAGGACAAACAAUUUGCUGAAACUGUAAAAACUUCUGGUUGCUUAUGAAUGAUUUAUUUCACGUCUGUUGGUGGCUGAACAUGGCUGGUUCAGGAAACUUAAAGUUCAAAGGAUGACCAGGGCAGGCUAUUCCAGGCAAACGUGAAUCUGCAUUCUAAUGCUGUUUGGUGAAUGGUUAAUAUUUGUUGGUCUGAUUUUUCUUAAUACUGGUGUCAUUAGGCAUUUAUUUAUCCAAGAGUGCAUAGUUUAGCUUAUCAGCGCAAUAUUCUACACACUACUCAAGUUGUCUUAAAAUAUGGAAGGGUGUAAAAAAAAAAAAGGUCCAUUGGCAGGCUUAGGUACUUCUAUAUAUGGAGGUCAAGAAGAGAAUGGCAGAAUAUAAUGAGCAUUCUUGGAUCAAAGUAUUUUUUUGUUUUUGUCCUAAAGUGCAUACCAAGAACAAACAAAUUCUGGUAUGAUUGGCCAAAUAGACCUGGUAAAAUCCUGUAUGUCUGUGGGAUCAGACCUUUCAGCUGAGAGAACAAAUGUCUCUUUGAAACACAGGAAUUCCUGAAGAGUAUCUGACCUGUUUAAAGAAACUCAAAGGCUGCCACUACAAUAUGGAUGCUUUUAGCUACAUUCUGUAAGAAAGUUAUAUUCUGUACUACAGAAAGAAAAGAACUUGGGAGCUAUUUUGCAGUUGUGGUUCUUAACGCACGUGCAGUGAGCGCCCAUAAUUGUGAACAGUGUGAAAGCUGAGCAAAAUACACUGUUGUGAAUUGAA